CCCGGUGAGCCAUGGCCUAUCAGCUGUACAGGAACACCACGCUGGGGAACAGCCUGCAGGAGAGCCUGGAUGAGCUCAUACAGUCCCAGCAGAUCACUCCUCAGCUGGCGCUUCAGGUGCUGCUUCAGUUUGAUAAAGCUAUCAACUCGGCACUAGCACAGCGCGUCAGGAACAGGGUCAACUUCAGGGGGUCUCUGAACACAUACAGGUUCUGUGACAACGUAUGGACAUUUGUACUGAAUGAUGUUGAAUUUAGGGAGGUCACUGAACUUGUGAAAGUGGAUAAAGUGAAAAUUGUAGCAUGUGAUGGAAAAAACACUGGUUCCAAUACUGCAGAAUGAACAGAACUGGAGUUAGUCUGCAAUAUUUUAAUAUGCAGCACUUUCUGGAGAGAAGCAUGGAGAGGGACUGUGUUCAUUCUUAAUCCUUGUGAUGCAGAUGUGAGUUAAUCCAUGCCAGGAAGUCACUCACAAUGACAGCGAAAGAAAUCCCUGUAGCAUUUCUUCAGAUCACCCUAUAGGGCAUGAAUACAAUAUUUUUUUUUUUUUAAUUACAACGAUACUGUUGUGGGUUUUUUUGUUUGGUUGGGUUUUUUUUCCAAAGUAAUUUCUGUAAUAAACUUUUAUUUAAAAACUU